AUGUAUAGCAGACCGACUGGCGGGGUGGGCGAGGGUGGAGAAGAUGUCCAUCAUCAGUAUCCUUUAGAACACAACUCGUCCAUAGAGCACUCAUCAUCUUUGCACCAAACCGCACCUUUACAUCAGCCAGCACCUAUACACCAGGCAGCACCGAUGCACCAAACAGCGCCGUUGCACCAAACAGCGCAUAUGCACCAAACAGCACCUAUGCGUCAGGAAGCGCCCGAUCACCCAUCUGAACCACUGGAUGAUGCGGAAACAGGUCACAAUGGCACCCAUAAAGAAUGGAUGUCGGAUACACGAGAAGUAUCUGUGCCUGCACAAAACGAAGGACAGUACCCAAAUUAUGAUCAUGGGGAACUCAUGAAGUUCAACGUACCCGUGGGUCGUUCGAGCGAUGACGGCAACGCGAGUGGUGAUAGUUAUAGCCAAGCGGGUUGCACAGAGUUUAAUUCCAGUAUGCCAGAAAAUAUAUCAGCACAAACGCCGAUAGCACACAUGAGUCCCAAUGUAGGCGUCUUUGAUGCACAACUAAGCCAUAGUAUGACCAGUCCAGGUGCAGCACGGACAGACGCGAACAACACUACGCCACAGUCAAAUCCUACGCGACGCUACCCUACUGAGCAUAAGAUUUGGUUUGCAGAACUCAAUCAUGGGCCUGAGAGUGUAACAGACGAGAACAUGGCGUCAUACCUGAAAUUGAGGUGGGAUACGCUGAAGACCUUGUCUGGUUUCAAGACAGCCAAAGCUUUCAUAUACAACCUUUUGCUGGCCAAUGGGAAGCUGGCGUACACAAAGAAGCAUUUUCACAUGUAUCCGUUGUAUACGGAAGCUAUUAAGACUAUCACCGAAUCACAUGAUUAUCGUCACGCAAGCAAACCGAUCCCGAGGAAAAAAGGGAGCACUGACGCCGCACCAAAUGCACUGCUGGCGAAUAUAAACGAGCCGGGUGGUGUGAUGGCUGCGAUGGACGAGCAGUUGCACUGUAAUUCUCCUAAUGACACGGGUAUAUACACAGAUCAGCAAACGGGUCAGACACAAUAUAAACGGCCAAGGGACGAUAGAGAGUCGAUGACUGACCAAGGCGACAGCACGGGAGGUGAUGUACGCGACGGUGAGGAGAGUGUCAUAAUACAGUAUCCAGAGGUACACGCACACGCACAUAAAGUAGCGAGGCUUACGCAGGCACCUGAUGUACACGACAGGGCACAUGCUGCACGUGAGAGCUUUGAUAUUGCUGUGAAUGGAGGUGUAGAUACUAUUGACUGUCAAUUGGAAAGCCACGACGGUCAAGCGACUGUACAUGAGAUGCAGGAGAUGGUAUCGGAUAAUCAAGUAGACCCCUCGCAACCUUCGCCUGUCGAGCAGAUGCAGAAUACCGAGCAGAUGCAAAGUGCAGAGACACGGCCGGUCGAGGAACAGAAGAGUACUGAACCCGCUGUAUCGCAAGGGAUGGUGCUAAUGGAUGGUUCUAUGCACAACGUCACAGCUGAGCAACAGCAAGGACCUGUCGUGAAGUAUCGUGGAGGCAAGGGAAAAGCAAAUGUUGGUGCGGUGCCUGUAGGGUCGAAGCGAUAUGGAACUGAGCACAAGAUUUGGUUUGAGGAUUUGAAGCUAACACUUGAUGACGCGAAUGAUGAGAAUAUAGCCAUGUACAUCAACAAGAGAUGGGCUAUGUUGAAGUCCAGAAGCGGCAUCAAGACAGCCAAGGCGUUUGUGUUUAAUGUUAUGAUCGAAGCUGGCAAACCACCGUACCACAGAGUCAAUUGUCACCUGUAUCCGAAGUACAAGUUGGCUCUGGAUACAAUCGAGGCUGCUCCGGAGUACAAGAAUGGGUAUAAAAAGGAAAGUGGUAACGUACCCAACCCUGCUCCCUCUUAUGAGUAUGCUUACGCAGAAGUAGGGCCAGCAGACGUGCAGGUACAGGAAUAUGCGCAAAUAGCAUAUCCCAACUCCGAGCUCAAUAAUUCCGGACAGCCGCAACUGGAUGGUUCUGAACAAACAAACAUGAAUGCAACCGCACAAUCACACACUGAUGAAGGCUCAGGACAGACUCAAGACGGAACCCCAGCACACCCACCACUAAGUAGUUCGACCCACCCACCCCUAAGCAACCCAUCACCGCCACACAUGAGUUCAUCUGCACACCCACAAUCAGUACCUGCCGGGAAUGCAGUCUCACAGGACACGGCAGUGAACGAGAAUCAGCAAAAUUUGGCGCUUGCGGCUCCCCCACCACAUGAGCCAAGUACAGCCACGGGCCCGCACUCGCCCACGACCACUGUUAUGAAUACAAUCGUGUCGUCUCCACCCCAAGCGCAACUACAUCACGUGCAACCACAGACCACGGAUCAGAAUCAAAACCCAGUAGCUCCUGUGGCCACCGCAGUUGCGAGCAAUGAGCCGAACGUGAAUGCAGACUGGUCGCGACGGUACAUGACCGAGUGUAAGAUUUGGUUCGAAGAGCUGAAGUGGGGCGCGGAUAGUAUCACGGAUGAGAAGAUUGCAUACUUCAUACAAGAACGUUUCAAUACCUUGAACGGCACGCAAUUGGAACCGGCGAAAGCCUUCGUCUAUAAUAUAUUGGUAGAAAAUGGAAAACCACCAUACAUCGAGGCCAAUUUUGGCUUGUAUCCUGUGUAUACACGUGCCCUGGCUAAAAUAGCUCAAUUUGCCGAGAAACAAUCAGCUGUCGUGCCCGUACAACCGAUGUAUGGGGUCGGCGUACCUCCACACAUGCACCCACACACCAUACCAGUAGAGCCGGCAGCAAAUACUGAGUACAUGCAAUAUGCUCAGUACUACCCACCAUCCAGCGCGGCGACAUUGCCACUUACUCAUGGUAUGCAUGUCAAUAACACGCAGGCCAUAUCUCUGACUGCCCAAGGGUCGACUACUAGUGGUUUUGAGGCGAAGAAUGAUUCGAGCGUGGGUGGUGCGAAAGGGGAAGGAAGCGCCAUUGAGAAGGGUGGCAGGAAGAAAAAGGCACGCAUGCCUCCGUUGAAGGGGGCCAGGAAAUACCGAACGGAGUACAAAUUGUGGCACGAAGAAAUGAAGUGGACCGCGGCCGAUUUAGAUGACGAGCACAUGGCCAAGUAUAUCAAUAUACGAUGGGAAACACUCAAGACUGCGAGCGGGAUCAAAACCUCUAAGGCCUUUCUGCAUAAUAUGUUGAUGGAGAACUCGAAGCUGCCGUAUCAUAAGGGGUAUUAUCACCUUUACCCCUUGUAUAGGACGGCUAUAGAGAAGAUCACAAAGGCUCUGGAAACGCAACCUGUGUCGUUUACACCUGAGGAUGUAAUGGUGAUGCUGCGUAAUUUGUAUGAGCUUUACAACGGGAACAGUGAUGCCCAGGCCCUCCGCCUGGCUGUUUUAAUAGUGUUAUGUGUCAAGUUGGAGUUGAAAGUGGAGGAUCUGCCACACUUAAGGAGCAACCAUGUGGUGCCUAAGAUUAACAGCAUGACUAAGCGGCUAGAGUUGCACGUCUCCUUGCCUGACCAAAUACUUCAAUCUCGAAUCAAGGACGGGUCAGGCCAGCAGAGUUUACUCAUAGCGGCAUGUUCGUGUGUAGGGGAACUGAUUCAGAAUAUGGAUUGCCCUGCGCACAUACUCGAGAACUAUUGGAAACGUAUCCCAGAGAACAACAGCGAGCGUAUGUUCUUGAGGAGUGUGAACGACAAGGCUAAGCGCUUCAUAACCAUCCCCAUGGGUAAAAAGGUGCUUUUUGCCGCUGCUGGGGUGUGUAAUAGUAUGCUGGCGAAGCCGUACCCUAGUAAUUCAGUGAACAACCACAGUUUCCGCAGUAUCACUUGAAGUCAGCGAUUUGCCAAUAAGUUGAUUAUGGACUAGUUCAAAAACCUUCUACAAACUGAGCAGCAGCAGUUUCUCACUACACAUGGAUAUGCGAAAUACUAAUAAGGUACAAGCGUUGCAAUAAUCUGGUGCAUUGAAUAGAUUCAGUAAAAACUCUCGC